UUUACAAGUGCAAGGGCUUCUCUCCAACCCUGCCGCCCAAAGGUUGCAGCCAUGCGGCGGCACUACGCCGGGCUCCUCCGCCGCGCCGCCUCGCUGCCGUCUCUCUCGCUCGUGGCCUCCCUACACGCCGCCGCGCUCCGCCGAGGCGCGGUCCUCGUCCCCUCGCUUAUCCAUGCCUACUCUGCCUGCGGCGACCCAGCCUCCGCCCGCAGCGUGUUCGACGGAUUGCCCGCACAGGAGCAGACACUCUCCGCGCGCACCGCGCUCGCCAGCGCGAUGUCCGCGCACGGCAUGUGCCGGGGGGUGCUCGGCCUGUUCCGCGGCCGGGAGGGAGAGAUGGACGACAAGGCGGUGACCGUGGUUCUCACCGUGUGCGCGAGGGCCGGGAUGGUCAGCCAGGGGAGGGAAGUCUUUGCGAGGGUGCGGAGGCCGGCGCUGCAACACUACACGUGCAUGGUGGAGAUGCUCGGACGGGCCGGGGAGGUCGAGGAGGCAGAGGGGCUGCUGGCGCGGAUGGAGGCACGCCCGGACAGGAUUAUCUGCACGGUUCUGCUCGCCGCAUGCCGGGCGCAUGGUCGUGUCGAUGUGGCUGAGAGAGUGGCUAGGUUGAUGAGCGAGCAUGGCAUUGUAUGAAUUUUGGCAUGUUGAUCAGUUCACAAACUGGCCAUUGUGUUAGCUCAAGAUCAGUGAUCGAAACCAUUGUGAUAUGGAGCUGAUAACACAUAGUUUGGUUGACGGCAAUGGUGGUUCUUGAAGUUCAUGUAGUAGUGCAGUACAACAUAAGCCCCUGGUAGGUGAGAUCUGAAUUUGUUUAGAAGCCUAUGUUGCAGUGGAGGAACCACAUGAGCGCCAGCACACUUCACUGCUUGAACCUGUAUGGAAGCACAGUUUGAAGGCAUCUACCAGAUUGCUAUAAAAUGAAUAACAUCGGUACUAUAGACCACCUGCAGUGGAAUGCCCGUCAGUUUUCUCAGUUGCUGACUGUCUAAACUCUCUGAUUAGCUUGAUGAUGGGUGUACGUUUCUGGACUGCAAGUUCUCAAGCCCGUGAUGCAACACAAAGAGAAGUCGCUAAGUUAAUAGACGAGCCUGUUAAUAUUGUUAACAAACGUAACUGUCAAUCUUGACUUCUUGAGUAAAUUGUUGAGGAGCAGUUUCGAUCAAAUUUUGUUGAAGCUGGAUGUGGUGGGAACUAUCGAAAUACAGGAAGUCUGCUCCAAGAACCUGUUGUGAGAUCUUCUAGGAUUCAAUUUUCGGAUACUUCAGAGUUCUGGCAUUCUCUCACGGUGGAAACUGUACCUCCUGCUAUGGUUUGAAUUUACUGAGCAUAGAACAUCUGUUUUAAAUGGCUAGUCUCUUCACUAUUGUGUCCACUGUCACAGCAAUCACCUGAUCUUAUGCUGGACAUAUGUUCAAUGAUGCUUGAGAAAAUCAGCUCUCUGAUGUAAAUACUCAUGUUGACGCAAAACAUCCAUCUCGCAUGCCGACACAUGGGUGCGAGGGAAUGCGGAGUUGGGCAUUGCUGGUAAGAGACAGAGCAAGUGCAACCUGGUUGGGAAACUAGCAGGAGAAAUGGGGAAGUGGUUGUUCUGGUCACGAGCACACCUGAGCUUGUUAUCUGGGUGGUUCGGCGCUCCAUUGGGAUGCGGUGCAUUCAAUUCCUGUGCCAGUGCGUUAUUCUGGACAUAUGUGUAAUGAUGCUUGAGCAAAUCAGCAAAAUUAUAUCUCAAAUGCAGAGUGAGAAAGUAUGAUCUGAAAACACGAUAUGUGAUGGAAUUAGACAGUUUGAAAAAGUAAUUUAGUUUGAUUUGUGUUC